AUGGCACGAAAUACUUCAAACCGACUUCAAGAAUUGUCUCCCACCAGACCAUCUCGGGAACAGCUUGCGAGUCUUGCAAGUCCUACAACCCUUGGACCCCUCGAAAAAGAAAAUCACCAACAUGGGGGAAGAUCGCCAGCAAUCGAAGAGUCAAAUCAUGCCAGGAUAAAACGCCUUGGAAGACAAAGACCUGAAGUUUUUGGAUCGUUGUGGGCUGAAGUCGGCUUUGUGUUCUCGGUCUCCAUGUCUCAGGUCCUUUCCGAAUAUUUCGUAUCAGGCUUCACAGUGCUACUUCCCACGCUUAUGGAAGACUUGAACAUCCCUGCUGCAUCUUCAACAUGGCCGGCAAGCGCCUUUUCCCUGACGGUCGCCAGCUUCUUGUUGAUCUUCGGCCGGACUGCCGACAUGUUUGGUGGCUAUCCUGUCUAUGUCGCUGGACUUGUCUGGCUUACGAUAUGGAGCUUGAUUGCUGGAUUCUCAACCAACGAGAUUAUGCUUAACUUCCGUCGAGCAUUACAGGGAUUGGGGCCAGCUGCGUUUCUUCCCAGCUCGGUGAUGAUAUUGGGGAGUAUUUACCGACCAGGCCCACGGAAAAAUCUCGUCUUCAGUAUCUAUGGGGCAUGUGCGCCUUUGGGAUUUUUCACAGGGAUUUUCUUUGCUGGUUUAACAGCUGAGUAUACUACAUGGGGAUGGUAUUUCUACAUCGGAACAAUUCUUUCUUUUAUCACCGCUGUAACAGCAUAUCUCACGGUUCCGUCGGAUAUUCUCGAGAAACGUAAUAACCCCAUCAAGAUCAAGAUGGAUUGGCUGGGAGCAAUCCUGAUCGUCUGCGGCCUCAUCUUAUUUACGUUCGCGGUUAUCGAUUCUUCCCACGCACCUCAACAAUGGAAAACUCCGUACAUCUAUGUCUUAUUCAUUGUUGGCUCCCUGCUACUUGUCGCAGGCGGUUAUGUCGAAGCGCGUAUUGCCGAGCAGCCAUUAUUACCAGCUUCACUGUUCAAGGUACCUAGCAUGUCUGCCCUGGUAUUGGCAUUAUUUUUCACUUACGGGAGCCUUGGUGUUUUCCUGCUUUACGCAACAUUCUACAUGGAAAAUGUUAUGGGCGCAUCACCGCUUCAAGUAGUCGCAUGGUACGUGCCAAUGGCAUUAGGGGGAUGUCUCAUCUCGACCUUUGGCGGGUUCGUCUUGCAUCUACUUCCAGGCACCGUCUUGAUAAUAGUCUCCGGCAUAGCCUGGAUUAUCGCACCUCUACUUUUCGCCAUUGCUCCUCAAGGGGCUAUGUAUUGGGCCUACAUUUUCCCAGCGAUGAUUUGCGCAACAGUGGGCAUCGACAUCACGUUCAACGUUGCAAAUGUAUUCAUCACGACCUCUCUCCCACAGAGACAACAGGGACUCGCAGGUGCGGUAAUUAUGCUACUACUCCAUUUGGGGAUUGCAGUGUGUCUUGGUUUCGCGGAUAUCGUGAACACAUACACGGUAGCGAGAUUGGGCUUAAGACAGAGUUACCAUGCCGUGUUUUGGUUCGAGGUCGCUUGCGCGGCUACUGCUCUUAUGAUUUUGGUGUUUUUCGUAAAGAUCAAGAAGGCGGGAAGUGAUCUUACUGUUGAUGAAAGGGAGGAAAUGGAGGCUGCUUCGAAGAGGGAGAAGGAGUUGAAAGAUGUGAGUAGACCAAAUACUGGUCCGGAAGCUCAGGACGGGCAAUACUCUCGAGAAGGUCCAGACGAUGGAAAUGUUGAUAAGCAGUAG